CGUACAUACUCUCUCUCUCUCUCUCUCUCUUUGUUAUCUCCUCCCCAUCCUUCUCCCCCGACUCGUCUCCCCGACACGUCGUCGCGGGCAGGGCUGGCCUUCAAACUGCACAAAAUCAAAGCUCUGCGCCGAAAGGCCAAACUCAAAGCCGCUGCCCAUUUCCACCCGUCUGCUUCCUCCUCCUCCUCCCCCCUCUCGUGCUCGUCGUCGCCCUCGCCUCCCGACGGCGGUCCAGCCCCAAAGAGCUCGUCGUUUCCCUCGCUGCACACGGCGCUCAUGGCCGCCUCGGCCCCUCUGGCUGUGCCCGCCUCGCCCGCCUCGUCGUCGUCCAAACGCUCCCGCAGCAGGGACAGCAUCGCCGACAACCGCCACCUCAACGUCGCCGCCGCCUCGGUCCUCUCCCCCUCCCACAGCGCCCCGAGCCUCAUCAUCCCCGAGUCACAUCAGCAGCCACCCGUGCCCCCGCAAAACGACCCCACGCCGUACCCCGCCUUCUUGCGACUGAAGAAGCCCCAGCUGCGCCAGAAUUUCGACCACCUCGAGUUGGCCCAGCGCCAGCGCAUCCAACCCGCUACUUCACCCCCUCAUGACCAGCUGCCUUCGCAGUGGGCUCGCUGUACAUGGCCCGACGCCAUCAACCGCAAUCGUUACGCAAACGUCGACCCCUACCAGACCAAUCGCGUCCGCCUGCACGUGCCCGACGGCCACAACGACUACAUCAAUGCUUCACCCAUUGAGUUGACCACUUCCAAGUCGCGCACGCCUCUGAGGUACAUUGCUACCCAGGGCCCACGUUCCGACACAGUCUCGGACUUCUGGCGCAUGGUCUGGCACGAAACCACAGACCCGGCCGUUGUUGUCAUGCUUACCCAAACCCACGAGUCUGGCCGCGAGAAAUGCUUUCCUUACUAUCCACAAGCUCUCGCCCAGCCCGAGCUCAAGCUGAACCCGCACGACGAAUACUCGGAUGGCUUCCUUCAUAACCUCAGACUCAUCUCGCUCGCCGACCACGCCGACGCCCGUGCCCAAAUCCGCGAGCUCGAAAUGUCGCCCGCUCCAUUGUCCACAUCCUCAUCUGUUGGCCCCUCGUCCGCCUCAUCCUCCCCUCUUCCCGCCACUCCCGAUCCCAAACCACACCUCCACCCUAACCCCACCGAGACUCGCAAAAUUUGUCAUCUCCUGUUUGCCGGCUGGCCCGACUUUCAGGUCCCCGAGGGCGCCGACCGCGCCGCCCUCUUGGAGCUUAUCCGCAUUUCGCGCGUCAAAAAUGAGCAUAACCUGUCAAACCCGCGCAUCGUGCACUGCAGCGCCGGCGUAGGCCGCAGUGGCACAUUCAUCGCGCUCGAUUGGCUCCUGCAAGAGCUCGACGAGGGCAGUCUGGACGCUGUGCCUGAUGCCGCAGAUCCUGUGGCUGACAUCGUAGAUACCUUGCGUCAGCAGCGCAUGAUGAUGGUCCAGGGAGAAGCCCAGCUCGGCUUCAUCUAUGAUGUGCUGCGCGAGCGAUGGCGGGAUCGCUGGGUGUUGAGAUGUCCAGAUGAGGCUGCAAAGUUGGGUGUUGCGCCUGCUGUUUUUGUCACGGCUCCCGCUUCAGUUUCGGUCGCUGCUGGGCUACAUAAUGAUGGUCCAAGAUUGAAGCGGCAAAAGAGUGUCAAGGAGCAGGAGACUGCUAGUGAGCAUGGGACGCCGAGUUUCCGCGUUGAUGAUGUGAAUGAUGAUGAGGACGAGGACGAGGACGAGGAUGAGGACGAUAGUAAUGAGAGCUACCAAGAGGAGGGUGAGGACUUGCUCGACUCGCAAGGGGGUGGUACUGGGAGGAUCAUUCACCGUGCUGAACUCGAGGCCGAGCUUUCGGGCGCGGAGAUGGUAUUUGAACGUGGGAAGACGUAA